AUGACGUCUUCUGCCUCCCAUCACCAACAUCCUUCGUCUUCAGUCGCUGAAUUUUCCGCUCACCAAACCGCUUCUUCCUCCAACAUCGACCCGAACGGCAACAUCGCCACUAGUGGCUAUGCGCCAAACGAAAGUCAACUGGCUGGGCUGGUAGAAGCUGCUACUGCAGCAGCUGGUCAAGACGUAUCACCGGAAUGGGCCGCCGCCGCCGCCGUCGCAGCCGCAGCUGGUGCUGCCGGACACCAGCAUCAUCUAGACGGCUACCCCUCGGAUAUGCAUAUCGAGGAUGAUAGCUUUGCAGAUGCAGGUUUUGGGACAGGGCUGGGUGCUGGAAGACAGUUACGAGCUCCAGGGCCCUCCGCCAAUGAACACAGUCAGCCUUCCGGACUGUCAAGAACUGUAUCAAAAAAGAGAAAGAGAGAUGGCCCACUUGACCCAGCCUUAACAGCGUCCGGACCUGGUGGUCACCAGCAGCAGCCCCAUCAGCACAAUUCGCAUCAUUAUGGCGGUGAAAGUCUAGAUAUCCGAUCUGCGCCUCCCCAGUCCUUAUCGGAAGCGCGCGCGGUCGGUUUACAUUCCGCAGCUGCUUUGUUCCGUCAACCCUCGAGCAACAAGAAGUACACACGACCACCCAUGUCGAGGCUUUUCGCUUCACUGGAAUUAUCACCAGAGAAUUUCCUACAUUUACAAGCCGCUGCCAAGGCAUAUAUGCUAGAUGACAAGCAUCCAGAGCGACGUGAGUGUGUCGGUCAACGUGGCAAGGGUGACACAGAAAUGGUUAAAUUGAGACUCUGGAAUUGUGUGCGCCACUUUCUCGAAAUUGAAGGGAAUGGUGAACGCUUUUUCGGUGAAGAUGUAAUCAACGAGGGCAUGGGUCCCAGGACCUAUGUAUGGCCCCGGGAUCAGCAGAAAAUCAUCGCACUUGUCAUUCCACUGCUACGGCGUAUGGUCACCAAUGAACGACAGAGGCAGUAUGCCGUUGAGACGAGGAAAGGGGGAGGAUCAGAGGAACGACGACGAAGGAAAACAGAAGAUAGCCUCCAGAAUAUGAAUAGUGCUAGUCCCCCGAAGUUCCCCGUUGAGGAACAACUCCAGAUGCAUGCACAACAUCAUCCUCCUGAAGGGUAUGCGCCAACACACCCCGAGUUGGGGGCGACUUCCCAAGACAUGGAGUUGGGCCUGACAGAUCUCCUUCCUGACGGCUACCCAGCUGACUGGAAUGCCAUCUCUAAAACGUACGACAUCUACAAUCAAAACUACGAGCUCGACAACCUGUGGUAUCUCUCGGGCCUACAGCAGCCGGAUUGGCGUGGGUUAGUAGCUGCUGUUGACAGCCAUUACCAGGUCAUCCACAACGGCGGUUUUGAUUGUCCCACACCAUGUGAGGACGAGAAUAUCAACCAUAUCUUACAUGCAAACUCUGUGUCGUGUUUAAGGUGGAGAGUUGGCGGGCAUCGAAAUCAAGUUGCCAGGAAUGAGUUUGCAAGCAGUAUCACCCGUGACAUUUCUCGCAUUAUCCGUGAUAAUAUUGCAACGAAACAUGGCGUACAAACGUCAACCGACGACCACGCGUCCAUGCACCCAUCAAGUUUUCCGCCCCUCCCAACGGGUCUAACUAUGCCAAACCCGCCGACAACCUCUCAAGCGCCAAUAUCUUUGCGAAUAAAUAUCAUGCAGAACGGUAAACGUGUCCUUCCGCGGGUAGAUCUUCCUGCAGGACACUGUCCGGACCUUGAGACUUUGAAACAGCUACUCUGCCGUCGAUUCGCGGGCCAGUUGCCAGGUCUACCUUCUGACCCGUCGCUGGACCCUGCAGCCUGGAUGUCUUCGGUUGGCUGGAGAUUCCGAGUCUGGUUGCCCGAGGGCUUGACUCCUGUCCAGAAUGACGGCGAGUGGACGAUCGCACUCCUCUCUGCGGGUAACGUAGACUGGAUGGACGGUGAUCUACGAGUUCUUGUAGAGCUGGAGAGUGCCUCUUAG